AUGUCCUCGCGCGUCGCAACGCAAUUCGUGAAGUCUCACUUGGUGGAGGUUGUCCCCUACAAUUACGUUUUUAUGGCCUUUUGCAAGCGCAGAUGGAUUGGUUGUCGGCUUCUAGAUGUGCUGGAUAAGGAAUUCAAUUUCGACGAAAUGGAUAUUAUAGUUCAGAGAAUCUCUUCGGGGCAAAUUAAAGUAAACGGUGAUAAAGUGUCCACAGAUUACAUCUUGCAGGAUUCCGACCUCCUGGAGCACAGUGUUCAUCGCCACGAGUUGCCCAUUCUCGACAAGUCAAUCGACAUUGUUUUUGAAGACGACGAUAUUUUGGUUGUUAAUAAGCCACCUUCAAUGCCAAUUCAUCCAUGUGGCCAAUACCAUCACAACUCACUUGUUAAAAUACUUCACAACGAAAUGGGGAUGAAGAACUUACGCGCCGUUCAUAGGUUGGACAGAAUGACAUCUGGUCUUGUCUUGAUCGGCAAAACCUAUGAAGCUGCUACGAAAAUCUCUUGUCAAAUUAGUGAUCGACAGGUUUCUAAGUUCUACAUAGCUGAAGUGGAAGGUCAAUUCAAGGGGUCUACGGAGGCCGGCGCCGAGAAGUCAAUCACGCCGACCCCAGUAGUGGUCGACCAACCACUCGGUCGUUUGAACAGUCGGUUGGGUCUCAACGCUGUCAUUCCUGAGAGUGAAGGUGGGAAACCUGCAAAAACUGCCUUCGUGCCGCUUCUGUGGAAGAAACCAAAAGAUGCCGAUGAUCCUGGAAGCACAAUUGUCCUCUGUCGUCUCUAUACUGGCCGUACGCAUCAGGUGCGAAUUCACCUGCAAUACUUGGGAUUUCCCAUUGUCGAUGACCCACUCUACAAUUCCUACGAUUGGGGUGAAAGCAAGGGUGCAUUUGCGAAGUACCGAGAACCUCGGGCGGAGCUUAUAGCUGCCUUGGCGGCUACACACAAUAGGAGCACCUACCUUAAAACGGCUGAGGUUAGUACACGCUAG